GGUAGCUUAACUCUUGACCUCAAUGAAACAAAAAUCACAAUUAUCCCCCGAACGGAGUUCUCUUGCCUUCUUUCUCCUUUCCUCUUUCCUUUUCACCUCGAGGAAGUUGCCAAGUAGCUGUCUCGAUCCCAUCCAAGGCACCUCCAACAAUCUACUCUACCUCUUAAUCAACAUCUUACGAAUUUAACGACGUUUAACGAAUCUUCUUGAAUAACAAACACUCUCUCUCUUUGACAUAUAUUAGAGCAGUCUACCAUCAUCUCAGUGCGGUCACUCCCACUCUUUCGCCGCAAAGUAUACAUCCACCCGCGACUACAAGCAUCGAUCUUUCUUCCCUCGAACGCCAUCACAAGUCACAAUACAGUUUCCAAUCCUGGACACAAAUUCGAACAUUUAAUACUUCAGUUCAAACAUAUUACAAUGGCGGGACCAGAGAACAAUAAGCAAUACGUUCCUUUGACAUGCCAUGGUCACUCAAGACCUGUUACGCACAUCAGCUUCUGUGGAUUUGUGGACGGAAAGGACGAUGAGUACUACAUGAUAUCAGCAUGUAAAGACAACAACCCUAUGCUAAGAAGCGGUAUCAAUGGCGACUGGAUUGGUACUUUCUUUGGACACAAAGGCGCAGUUUAUCAAGCUAGACUUUCUCCGGAUGCUAAAUAUGCUGCGACUGCUUCCGCAGAUUUCACUGCAAAAGUUUGGGAUACGUAUACCGGAGAAACCCUGUAUACUAUUCAGCAUCAGCAUGUCGUUCGAGCUGUCGCAUUCCCUCCCGAUUCCGGUACCACUCUUGCGACAGGAGGAACUGAUAAGAAGCUUUUCAUUUUCGACCUCGGGAAACUCAAUUCUACGGGUGCAAAUGGCGCAACUUCUAACGGCAAUGGAAGCGACACUACAAAUAUUUCCCAGGAUGAUGGCUUCGAGAUUGGACCGGGUGUUCACAAAGGAACAAUCAAGGCCGUCGUUUGGACUCGGGAUCCAAAUAUCAUAGUUACGGCAGCAGAUGAUAAAGUGAUAAGAUGGUGGGACUUACGCUCGCAAUCUGUUGUUCAAGAACAAAAAGUCGACGGUGAUAUUGGCUCAUGCGAAUUUAGCAACAUUGCAUCUGGACCAGGAGACAUUGGUGAAGGAUUACCUAUUUUGUCGAUUGCUGCAGGCAAAACUUUAUAUUUCUAUGGUGGACCAGCUGCAAACACACUUAUCAAGAAGGUUGUCUUGAAUUAUGAGGUUGCUAGCGUAGCUAUUCAUCCACUUCAAAGGAAAUAUAUCACUGGUGGAAUCAAGGAUACAUGGGCGAAGGUCUAUGAUUUCGACUCUGACCAAGAACUUGAUGUUCACAAAGGUCAUCAUGGACCAAUCUGGAGCAUUAGCUUUUCUCCUGACGGAAAAUUAUAUGCUACAGGCAGUGAAGACGGCACGAUUAAGAUGUGGAAGAAUUGCCCUGGUUCUUUCGGAUUAUGGAGAGCGGAAUCCUAGAGAGGUUGUAAUAGAUACGGCGCAGGCUCAAUGAGCAUACUGUACAAUAGGAACGCGAGCGUCGUUUUCAUAUGAGAUGAAUGCGCACCGAUGUGUCGAGCAGCGUAAAACACACGAUUUACAUCGAGUGGUUUAGCGAAGGGAUGAGAUCCCCAGCGCGAUUUCAGAUGAAUAAAUGAAUUCAUCCAAUGCGAAGGGUAUAUAAGUGCUAUACAUGCGCAACUGACAUUGCUUGAAACGAAGUGAUAAAAAUGUGUAUAAUUAUCCA